AUGUGCAUCAUCUUCUUUAAGUUUGAUCCUCGCCCUGUUUCCAAAAAUGCAUACAGGCUUAUCCUGGCCGCCAACAGGGACGAGUUCUACCACCGGCCGGCCAGGGCCGCAGACUUCUGGGGGAGCAACAACGAGGUCCUCAGCGGGCUGGACAUGGAGGAAGGCAAGGAGGGUGGCACGUGGCUGGGUGUCAGCACGCGGGGCAAGCUGGCCGCGCUCACCAACUACUUGCAGCCGCGGCUGAACCAUGAUGCCCGGGGCCGAGGUGAGCUCGCGGCCCAGUUCCUGACCUCCGACACGGACAGCUUGUCCUACCUGAAGAAGGUCUCGGCCGAAGGCCACCUGUACAACGGCUUCAACCUCCUUGCAGCUGACCUGAGCACAGAGAAGGGAGACGUCAUUUGCUACUAUGGAAACCGGGGGGAGCGGGAGCCUGUCGUCUUGGUGCCAGGGACCUACGGGCUGAGCAACGCGCUGCUGGAGACGCCCUGGAGGAAGCUGUGCUUCGGGAAGCAGCUCUUCCUGGAGGCCGUGGAGCGGGGCCGGGAGCUCCCCAGGGACGCGCUGGUGGCCCAGCUCCUGGGCGUGCUCAGCAACGAUGAGGCGCAGCUGCCAGACCCAGCCAUUGAGGCCCAGGGCAGGGAGUACGUGCGACCCAUCCUCAGCAAGUAUGCGGCUGUGUGCGUGCGCUGCCCAGACUACGGCACCAGGACCAGCACGGUCAUCCUUGUGGAUGCAGACGGGCAUGUGACCUUCACGGAGCGCAGCAUGCUGGGCUCGGACCCCACCCGCUGGGAGACCACUACCCAUGAGUUCCGGCUGCAGAGCUAG